AUGGGAAGUCAACAUGCUUCUUUCAAAAACUUGGAAAUUCAAGUAAGUCAAUUGGCCACUAUAAUUUUUGAAAAGAUCCAUGGACCAUUGCCCAGCAAUACAGAGAAAAAUUCAAAAGAACAUGUCAAAAUAAUUACCUUGCGAUCAGGUAAAAAUCUUGAUGAUCCAUACCCCGACAAAGAAGGUAAGUUAAAGGAAGAUCAAGCUCAGAAUCAAACUGUUGAUAAUAGCAAGAAAAGAGCUGAAUUUGAGACAAAGAAAAUGAGUGCUCAAGAAAGUAACGAAAAUACCAAUGCUCUGACCCAAAUGCCAUCAUAUGCUAAGUUUUUAAAAGAAAUUCUUUCCAGCAAAAGAAUUAAGAGAACUUCUGUGGUUAAGCUAACAGAAAAAUACAGUGCGAUUUUGCAAAACAAGUUUCCACAAAAAUUUGGAGAUCCAUGUAGUUUUACUAUUCCUUGUACUGUAGGAGGAACUCAUUUUGAAAAGGCUUUAUGUGAUUUUGGGGCGUCAAUCAAUUUGAUGCCUUUUUCAAUUUUUCAAAAGUCGAAACUUGGGGAUAUAAAAAAUACAGUUGUUUUUUUACAGUUAGCUAAUCAAAGUACAAAAAAGGCAAAAGGAAUCAUUGAAAAUGUUCUUGUUAGAGUUGAUAAGUUUGUAUUCCCAGUAGACUUUAUAGUCAUGAAAAUAGAAGAAAAUACUGAUAUACCUCUUAUUUUGGGUAAACCUUUUCUAGCUACAGGAAGAGCCAUAAUAGAUGUACAUCAAGGACAAUUGAUCUUGAGAGUGGAUGAGGAGAAAGUAAUUUUUGAUAUGCAAAAGAUGAUGAGAUAUCCUGAUGAUGACUCAUCAUCUUCUUAUUUUACCAUUGACCUGCUUAAUGAUCUUGCAGAUUAA